AUGUCAAAGUUGCCUACUAUUGAAGUUGAACACGAUGUUCACGCGCCUGCUUCCACUUAUUAUACAACAGGUGAUAAUGCGAGACAUAGGACAAGAACUCAUACGAGAAGUCAUCAAGUAGGAGGAACUACUACAAAUACACUGGAAGGAACACGUAGACGACGUGCUUCACAUGAUGAAAAGAAUAAAUCACGUCGUUUUUUGAUUGAUGUUGAAGAGACUCAGCGAAAGAUUCUGGAACAAGAAGAUACAGAUGGUGACUUUCAAAUCACAAUUAAUGAUUUGGGUCCAAAAACGAUGUCUUUAGGUACAGCCGAUUCAGGUGGUUACCGAAAGAUUGACAUUAGAGGCACAUAUAUGCUGUCAAAUCUAUUACAGGAGCUCGCACUGGCUCAUGACUAUGGAAGAAAGCACAUUGUACUAGAUGAAGCUAGAUUAAAUGAGAAUCCCGUGGAUCGGUUGUCUCGUAUGAUUCGUUUCAACUUUUGGGAUGGCUUAACUCGACGUAUUGAUGCCGAUUCUCUUGAAGUCAUUUGUCCGGAUCCCAAAAAUAGAUCAACCAACAGAAACCCUCGUAUUUACGUUCCCUGCGAUGACCAUGAAGCAUAUGCAUUCUAUAAACAAGUGGCAGAGGUUCGCAAACACUUGCAUCUUGAAGUGGAAUAUCUUCCUCGAGAGAUCACUGCAGAUUACGUCAAGAGCAUCAAUGAUCGCCCUGGUCUGCUUACUUUAGCUAUGCGUAAAGUAAAAGAUGAAAAUGGUAAUGAUACAUACGUUGGUGAGCCCUUUGUUGUCCCUGGUGGUCGCUUCAAUGAAAUGUAUGGCUGGGAUUCUUACUUUUCGGCGCUUGGCUUACUUGAAGACGGAAGAAUAGACCUGGUACGAAGCAUGGUAGAAAACUUUGCAUAUCAAAUCAAGCAUUACGGUAAAAUUCUCAAUGCAAAUCGCUCCUACUAUCUUGCUCGUUCUCAGCCUCCGUUCUUGACUGACAUGGCAAUCAAAGUGUACGAACGACUUUCGCCCGAUAAAGAACAAGAGAACAAGGCAUGGCUAAGACGUAUACUCAAAUCAGCCAUAAAGGAAUACUGGGAGGUAUGGAUGUCCGAACCACGCCUAGAUAAAAAAACAAUGCUAUCGAGAUAUCGUCCUGAUGGCUCUGGUAUCCCUCCCGAAACCGAAGCUUCCCAUUUCGUUCAUAUUCUAGAGCCUUAUGCUAAAAAACACAAUAUUACACUGGACGAAUUUAUUGAAAAGUACAAUGCGGGUGCCAUAAAGGAGCCUGAGCUAGACGAAUACUUCUUACAUGAUCGUGCCGUAAGAGAAUCAGGUCACGAUACUACUUAUAGAUUCGAUAAAGUAUGUGCAAAUUUGGCAACAGUUGAUCUAAACACACUGCUAUACAAAUAUGAAAUGGACAUAGCCGACGUUAUCAGAGAUUAUUUGGACGAUGACUUGGAAGAUUUUAAUGGUGUCAAACAAAAUCCAGAUGACUGGUUAGAAAGAGCCAAGCAGCGCAGAGAACGUAUUGACAAAUAUCUGUGGAAUGAGAAAGAGUCUCUCUAUUUUGACUAUGAUACCGUCAAGGAAGAACAGACGACAUAUGAAAGCGUCACUAGCUUCUGGGCUCUCUGGGCAGGCUGUGCCAGUCACGAACAAGCACAAUCCAUGGUGAAAAAUUCACUCUCCAAGUUCGAAGUCAUGGGCGGUUUGGUGUCUGGUACCGAGUCAUCUCGAGGUGCUAUUUCUUUAGAAAGACCUAACCGACAGUGGGAUUUCCCAUUUGGCUGGGCGCCUCAUCAGAUGAUGGCUUGGGUAGGUCUUGAUAAAUAUGGUAUGCUUGAAACAGCUCGUCGACUAGCAUAUCGCUGGCUAUAUACAAUCACAAAGGGUUUUGUCGAUUUCAACGGCGUCGUGCCUGAAAAAUUUGACGUUGUAAGUUUAUCUCACAAAGUAGAAGUCGAAUAUGGUAAUGUGGGUAUAGACUUCAAGUGUGUACCCAGGGAAGGCUUUGGUUGGAUGAAUGCUUCCUAUCAAGUAGGUCUUAGCUAUUUGACUACAAACAUGCGUCGCGCCUUGGGAACAUGUACUCUUCCUGACUUAUUGUUCGAAAAGGCAAUGAUUCGUGAACACCGCAUGUUGGGCAUGACACCCGAAGAAGAAGAAACCGUUGCUCUUCGUCGUCGCGCAUCAACCAUUGCUGCCAGGGCUAUCACACGUAAUGGUAGCAUUAACGCUGCAGUUACUCGUAUUUCAUUAUCAGACGCACCACCAAAGCAAUAG